AUGUCGGACCAAUCUCCACCACCUCCCCCGCAUCUCGACCCACCCUUCAGAGGCUACAUCGAGACCACCUACGACUCGCUAUUGGUCUUCGAGGCGGCGAGGCGGGGACUGAUACCGCGGGUGACGAGGCGGUUGAUAGAGCGGGAAAGAGGGAUGGUGCAGAGCGGGGCGGUCUUUGUGUUUGACGAGCAAGAAAGUGGGAUCAAGCGAUGGACGGAUGGGCUGGUAUGGAGUCCAAGCAGGAUCUUGGGAAACUUCUUGGUAUACCGCGAGACCGACAAGCGAGCGACAAACGUCUCCGGGCAUAACGCCAACGACUCGUCCAACAAUGGCUCCCCUUCCAACACCCCUACUCGAAAUAUGGGUCCACCCGGUCCCUGGGCCCAGUCCAGAGAGAUGCAGUCAUCAUCGUCCAGCGAGGUCAUCCCCAUUUUGGCGCAGGGAGCCAUCAGACCUCGGUCGUCUAGCGAAGGCGGGAUGGACAGGCAUCGGGAGAGGCAGCUGGUGGGCAGCUUGACGAAUAGCUACAAGUUCAAGGAGGGCGGCCUGGUUAAGAAGACCAUGUCCGUCAGCAUCGGCAACUACUCCCAACAUAUGAUCUCGUACUAUACGGUCGCCGAUGUGCUCUCCGGCAAACUCCGCGCGCCGUCGACCAUCCCCGAACUCGCAUCUCUCGAGAUCAGCGCCGACUACCUUCAGAAGCAGAACUUCCGGUUUCCGCCGGUGGUAGAGGUUGGACAGGAUGGCGUGCCAAGAUACAGAGGAGAAGCAGAGGAACCCUUGACUCCAAAUACCUCGAUGACUGGUUUCUCGCUCCAGUCCCUCCCUACCCCAGGAGACGGCUACGACCCCUACUCCCAAGUGCGCAACCCCAUGCAGCUUCAGAUGGAGCCGCCCCGGUCCUCCCAUGCCCGUAGUAUCACCCAUCCACAGCACACCUCCAUGCCCCUCCCCGGACCCCAAUCGGCCGGCCAGUCCACCCUCUCCCCUUCGGGCUAUGUCCCCCACUCGGCCGGAUCGCAAUACUUUGACGCCAACUAUCCCGGACCAGCAUCCACUCCUCAUCCGCAUACCGGCGCGCAGCCCAUUCCUAUCCAGCGCCAGGCAUCGGGCGGGCCACAUCGCCCUAGCAGCUCGAAGUCGCGGUACGACCCGUACGGCUCGGCCAGCCCACGCCACCAAUACCACCCCCACCCCCACCCCGCGCAACAUCAGCAACAGAUUCAGCAACAGCAGCAGCAGGACUAUUACCAACAAUAUGACGUCAAGCCCAUCAUCCACCCAUCGGGCGCCGCGUCUUAUUCGUAUCAGCCACCCGCGACCGCGCCGGGCGCUUUUUCGGAAUACUACAGCCAAAGCAGCGCG